AUGAACUUCCAGUCAGCAUCAAUUUCGGAUGUCGAAAAGGAAUUUGCGAUUGGGUUUGCCAUCGCCGUCUACAAGGAUAUAAACCAGGUCGCCCGACUCCUAAGGAUGAUUUAUCGACCACAACAUUUCUACGUCAUCCAUGUGGAUCGUAAAUCCAGCGACCAAUUCUAUCAGGCCGCGGUGGAGGUGCAGAAGUGUUUUGGGAAAAAUGUGCGAGUUCUGCCGCGUAGGGAGAGUGUAAACGUUCGUUGGUACACCUUCGCCGUCCUUGAGGUGGAAUUAAUUGCAGCGAAGACGCUGCUGCAAAUGGGUAACUGGAAGUACUUCAUCAACCUCACGGGUCAGGAAAUGCCACUGAGAACUAAUUUGGAACUCGUUUUGGCAUUAAAGGCUCUCAAUGGUUCGAACUUGGUGGAGGGAACUAUUAAACGGCGUAAUCGAAAACGAGUACCAAAGGUUGAUUUGUCUUUUCAAGUAAGUUAA